AUGGGAUCGCGAAAGCGUAGCCGCUCCGAUGCGGUUCCUCUCCCCGAGAAACAGAAACAGCAGUCUCCCGAGGCGCCUGGACUGCUCCAGCGCAUCAGGAACAGCUGGGAGUUUGCCAGUCUCAUGCAGUACAUUGUCACCUUUGGGAACAUAAUGAAGAUUGAUGAGGAGUUUGACAUCGAGGACCUGGAAGAAGAAUGCAUGAAACCCGAGCCCUCUCACAAGUUAUUGGAGAUUGGACUGUGCCUCCUCAAAUGGAUUUCGUCGCAUCGUGGUCUUACGUUCGACAAUUUCGACGAGUACACCCGCCGCCAGUACAAUGCUAAAACGCCUCACCACCCGAACCCCUUUGGAUACGAAGAAGAGCCCUUGAGGUUUUUGGAUUUCGAUGUCUUUCUGAAGCUUCGCGUCCUCCACCAGCUGUCUGUGUGGACCUUCUGGAACGCGGACCGCAUUCGCGACAAAAUGCCUGAGAAGAAGGAGAGCGAGCAGCUGCAAUGGCGCGUUGAAGACUUUGGCUACGAUGCCGAAGGUCGGACCUACUUCGUUCUGGACGACAACCGCAUGUACCGUCGCACCGAUCCUCCCGUGCCUGCUGCGCCCCAACGUCCCAAGAAGAAGCCGAAGAGUCGAUCAUCUCGAGGCUCGCGAGCAUCGAAGCGCAAAUCAGCUGCUGCUGAGGUGGAAGAAGGCCCCGACGACGAGAACAAGGAGACCAACGGUGCCGUUGCCGAGCCCAAAUGGGAGUGUGUGGCUGUUACUCUUGCAGAUUACCAGAACUUCCUGGAGUCAAUUCGGAAGUCCAAAGACGCAGAUGAGAAGUACCUGCGAGGCAGAAUCGAAGAGCAUGUCCUGCCUGUGUUGGAGAAGGCCGAGGAGGCCCAGCUGCGUAAGCAACAGAGACGCGAGAAGGAGCUUUUCAACAUGCAACUUCUUGCUGGCGCCAAACGGUCGAGCCGACUUGCUGCCAAGGAAGAAAAGGAGCGCGCUGAACGGGACGCUGCCGAGGCGGCUCGGAAGCGCGAGCAUGAUUUGGCCGAGGCUCGCAGAGAACAAGAGAGGCAGCAGGAUCGCGAGAAUGAGAGACAGUCACGGAUGAUGACGCGCGAGCAACGUAUCAAAGACCGGGAGCAGAAGCGGAUUCUUCACGAGGCCGAGCUGGAGAGACUUGCCGAGGAGCAGCAGAAGCUCGAAAAUGGCGAAGCCCGUGUUUCUGCGCGGAACCUCAAGGUUGAAUUGGAGAAGCAGCAGAAAAAUUUGGCUGAUAUUACGUCCCAAGAGGAUGAGUGGAUUUUCGACUGCUCUGGCUGUGGAGUGUACGGCGAGAACCUGGACGAUGGAACACAUAGUGUUGCCUGCGAAAAGUGCAACGUCUGGCAGCACAGCAAAUGCCUUGGUAUUUCGCAAGAAGAGGCCGAGCAAGACGAUUUCCAAUUCGUCUGUCGCGACUGCAAGCGGAAGGAAGAGGAACUCAGCCUCCCUAAAAUCCCGCCCCUGAAGUUCCGACUCAGCGCAUCGGCAUCUCCGUCGUCUGUUCCUCCUGCUGGAAAGAAGCGCAAGUUGGAGGAAGACGAUCACACUCCGCUGUCGCCCGUUAAGAAGUCACACGCUGCUUUGGCCAACGUGCAGGAUGGGCCUCGUUCUCAACCACCGUAUCCUGGCGCGCAACCGACUCUGCCUCCGCAACCUGUUGGUGCGCAUGGCAUGUUCCACCCUCCUCCAUCUCCCGAACGGCGUGCUCAGCCGACGAGCCAGACACCGUUGCCGUCCUCUAGUCCUUUGCGCGCACCUUUCUCUCCUUCAAGGAGUUUGAAUGGCACGAUGCAGUCGUCAAUGGGCCAGCAGUACAAGCCGAGUCCCGACUAUCGGACUCUGCCCGCUGUUCAGCAAGCUCCGCAUUUGCCGCCCAUUGCUUCUUUCAAUGCCCCUCGACCCUCAUCUUCUCAUUCUGGACAAGGUCCAAUCUACAACCAACCAUCCAUGUCGCCUACACAAGGCAAUCGCGACGUCGGCCCUCUCGCAGGCUUCCCGCAUACUGGCCCGCCCAACGGAUCGCCCGCAUGGAGCAAUUAUGCGACACCACGCCCUCCCUCCGGCCACGGAGCCACGCCGUCUAUGUCUGGCCAUUACCCAUCCUUUUCCAAUGCGCCUCCAAAUGGUAACCACCACUCCUCGCCUCCGCACAGCUCUCAUGGCAUGGGCAUGUCCGGAAUCAGCCCGAUCAAGCACUCUCCUCGUCCCACGACUUCCGGUGGCAUGGCAGGCGCCCCAGUGCUACCACCCAUCCGCAAACUCGAACCGAGCCCGAAGCUCAUGGGCCGCCGAUCUCCGGAUGCACCAAUCCCGCCACCGGUCAAAUGCAUGACCCCAGAGCAGGAAGAGCGUCGCCAACGAGAAAAUGCGAUGCUGCACCAAGGCUAUGGCUACCCAGCCAACGGCCAGCCACACCUGAUGUCUUCACCGUCGCUGAACCGCAUCCCUCCACCGGGCACCGCAGCUCCCCCGUACCAACAUCAUGAUCCGUCUCAAUCGCCUCAACGAGGCGGCCACGUUCGUGGACAAUAA